AUGCCCACACCAACCGUGCUUCCGCGCCCCUUCACAGGAGUGGUACACGGCAGUGAAAAUCCAAUCGAAGCACCAUCCGAAGCAGCCUUCAUCACCCAAUUCGGAAAUGUACUCCCAAAGGCAGAAUUCAUGCAUAUCUUGGGGAAAUCCGCCUACUACUCUCUUCCCCCCUCAUCGCCCGCGCCAGCAAAUAUCAAGAACCCCAUCUCGCGGGUCGUACUUGUACAUGGUGUCCAGACCCCCGCAAUUGGCAUGCAGCCCCUGGCCAGCGCACUGAAAGCCCGUUUCCCCUAUGCGCAUUGCGUUCUCGUUGAUUUGCCGGGCCACGGGCUCUCUGACACGCCUGUUAUUGCCCAUGAAGCUGAGCUAUUUCUUGGUUUGAUUGACGGUUUGAUGUUGACGCUUGGGUGGAAGGAUGCGCAUUUUAUUGGCUAUUCCUUUGGUGGGUCUCUUGUUGCGUCGUAUGCUGCAGAGACGCCUGAGAUGGUUGCGUCUAUGGUUCUUGUCGCGCCGGCGGGUCUGGUGCGAAGCUCAGACUUGAGUGAGGACGAAAGGAGCUACAUGCGCGGUGGUGAGGGGUUGGAGGAUCGGGCUCGAGAGUGGGUUUUUGAGUUCUUGGAGGGUGGGAAGCUGGUUGUUCCUUCGGAUUGGAAGGAGAGGGUUGCGAGGGGGGAGGUCGUGGCGGAGGCUGUUCGUGAUUGGCAAAUGAAAAACCACAACGGGCACGCGGCGAGUGUGGUUGGGAUAGUCAGAGAUGGUGGUGUCUUCGAUAAACAUGCCAGGUUUUCCGCGGCCUCGAAAUCUGGCGUUAAAGGUCUCUGUGUGCUUGGGGAGUUGGAUGACUUGUGCAGCGUGCAGGCCUUGCAGGAGGUGGGUAUGAAGAACGUCGCUGUUGUGCCCCAGGUUGGACAUGGAGUCGUGAGAGAGAGGGUGCCGGAGGUUGCUGGAUUUAUUGAGGACUUUUGGAAGCAGAUUGAGAAAGCAUAA